AUGCCGGCCAAACCAGAGGAAACCAUCUGCAGUGUCUCGGCUCUAGCCACGCAACUAGGCAACCAGAUCUCCGUGCACAUGCUCAACUACCUCAGCACCACUAAAGAUCUCCCCGACGGUUUUCGCGAACUUUCCCAUACCUUUCUCGACACCUGCCGCAUGCUAUGGGCCAUUGAAGCCGGAGUGACCGAACUAGCCGCCGCCAAUCGCGCUUUGCCCGAUGUUAUAAUUGAAGAGGUGGAAAAGAAAUUCGUCUCCACAUACCGCGAUUUCCAACAACUUGACAAGAUCAUUUUGAAGCUUGUUCAGUACGAACACCGUGGAACGCUGGGAAAAAUUCAGCGAGGAUGGCAUCGGCCAAGCCAUGACCUUAAUCGCAUUCAUGAUUCGCUGAAGAAGACCACCGAGACGCUUCAGAUUAGCGGAAUGGCCUUUCACUGGUCUCUCGGAGACGCACAUCCGGAGGAGUCAGUGGGCAUUGGGUACGCUGGCUUAGCGGCGGCGCUCGAUCGCGUGUCCAAAGGCCGCUCUGUGAUGGGCAUAAACAAGACCAAGUCCUUCGAACCUGAGAGAUCCGCAUCGAUCCAAAGUCAAUCGCCCGAUUCAAUGCGAUCGACACCAUCUGUUCCUCCGAAAGAAUCCUUUACCGCCUCUCGAUUCAACCAAAGCAUUCGCCAAGAACCUGAGAUCAUGACGGAUGACAUGUCCUCCGUUCUGUCUCUGAACGGGUUCCUGAACCACCAGCCGGGACGUGAUUCCGAGAAGGUUCCCUAUUUAGAGCACCGGGCGCUGCCGCGCCGACCGGCCAAAACAGAGUCAACAGCUUCUGCUGAGGAGAUCAGCCUACGCAAUGACAGCUAUUCGGAUCAUGAUGCCGCCAGUGCGAAGCUCGCACAGACUCUGCUCGCGCACGGCGUCAAUCUCAAAGAUGAGUUGCGCGAUGGCACGACAUUACUCAUUGAAGCAAUUCGCAAGCGAGCACCACAGCAAGCCAUCGAAACCUUGCUCAAUUCCGGUUGUGACCCCAAUCGCAAAGACGAUCACGGCAAGACAGCACUAUGCGAAGCGGUGCAAAGCGAUCAGCCGUCUAUCGUGACAGCCUUAUUGAAUAAAGACGCCAAUCCAAACCUGCCAGGACCUGAGCACGUCCUCUGGUCUGCCGUCCACCGCCCAGGCUGCCUGCGCAUCUUGCUCGCUCGCGGUGCCGACGUUAAAAAGACUCCUGGUCUAAUGGAGCAGGCGACAAGUGUCAACAAUAUUGAUGCCGUGCGCGUUCUGCUGCAGGCUGGCAUGGACCCAAAUUCCAAGAAGGAUGGAAUAUACACACCACUUUGCUCAGCCAUCCGUGAUGACCGCCCAGAUAUCCUUACCUUGCUCAUCCAUCACGGAGCGGACCCCAACGUGAUGGCGUCGGAGUACCCGGCCUGGAAGUGUAUCACCCACAAGCGUCUCCAUUUCCUCCCAGACUUGGUGACAGCCGGCGCGGACCUCCGUAAACCACCAGGCAUUGUUGAGUGCGCCGUGCAGGAAAACAAUACGGAGGCUCUUCAUUGGCUCGUGGGCCAGGGAGGUGCCAACCCCAACGACCGGAACGAGCAGGGUCACACAGCUGUGACAACGGCCAUCCAGAAGAAUCGUCCAGAAAUGCUGGAAUGGUUGUUGGCGAAUGGUGCCGAUCCUAAUCUGCGCGGCAAGGACUGGCCCAUAUAUAUGGCAACUCAAUCGCCGAGCAUGCUACGACUCAUUUUGCCCAGCAUAACCGAUCUCUCCGCACACAAGGGUGUCAUGGAGAAAGCAGUCCAAGCCAAUCAACUAGAAAACGUCAAGCUACUCAUUGCCGCUGGCGCCAGUGUAGAAUGGAAGAACGGCGGCGUGUUCUCACCGCUGACAACAGCCUUGCGCGAGCGCCACUGGGUCAUUGUUCGUUAUCUCCUGGACGAGGCGGGUGCCGACCCCAAUGCUCCUGGUGAGCAUUUGCCACUGGUUAAGGCGAUCCGGCGAUGUGACGAUGGUGACUUUGCCAUGGUUGAGCUACUCCUCGAGAGGGGAGCUGACCCCAACAAAUGCUACCGCGACUGGAACGCCAUCAUGCAGUCCCUUGAGGACCGCGAUCUCCGAUUGUUGCAGCUUUUGAUUGACAAGGGUGGUCUGGUUGAUCUUUCUCAGAAAGAUGAGACUGGCACCUCGGUGUUGGAUAUGGCUAAUUCUUCUGGCUGGCUGGAAGGGACCGAGCUUUUGUUGAAGAAUGCUCGACAGUGA